AUGCUCCGGCCACUCGCUGCCCGCCCUAGUGACUCGCCAUCGCCAUCGCAAUCGCCAUCUGCAUCUGCAUCUCCAACUGUCCAGCGGCCGAUCGCGCUUGACAAUGAGCGCCGCCGUCCUAGCCACCUCGACGAUACAGCAGUGCGACUGAGGACCAUUGAAUCCUCCAUCUCGCUCUCUCAUUGCGUCUGGCUUGCGGCCGGCUCUCAGGAACCUGAUAUCAGAACCACCUCCACCAGUACCUUGACCUCCACUACCUUCUUCAACGACAACAACAACAUGAUGGACACCGAUGCGCCGCCCUCUCACGAGAGCGACUAUGCCGGUUCGCCCUGGGUUGACAUGGGCGCUUUUGACUCGGCUGCUACUCCCCAUCACAGUCCACCGCUGCCUGACUUCCACGGCUUCAGCUAUGGCUCGCCGCCCAUCAUGCCCAUGGAGCCCGCAUACAGCAGCAUGUCUGUGCCACCGCCAUACUCGACUCUCCAGCUGACCAUGCCUUCGCAUCCAUGGCCGAGUAUGCUGACCACCCAGUCCAGCUUCCCGGAAACCACUAUGUCUCCAGCGCCGCCGCCGCCGCCGCCGACAUUGUCCAUCCCCCAGCCCGUGCCGAUUCGCCCAUCGCAGUCGACUCCCACUGCGCCCACGCCCCCGAGUGCGUCCUCGGCGCCCAGUGCGCCGACUCCUCGCAGGACCUUGACGGACGAAGACCGCCGUCGAAUGUGUCAGUAUCAUGAAGAGAACAAGUCGGCCAAGCAGACCGAUAUUGGAGCUCUCUUUGGUGUCGAACGGAGCACCGUCUCCAAAGUCCUGCGCCAAAAGGAAAAGUACCUCAGUAUGGAAGACGGAAGCCGUUCACCAAUCAAGAAAAGUAAAGGCAAGGUCCCGGACAUUGAAAAGGCCCUUGUAAACUGGGCAAGAAACUUCCAGCGCCAUGGCCAUUCCCUGACCGAUGCUAUGAUCAAGGAAAAGGCGCACUUUUUUGCCACCACCUGCGGCAGCACCGACGGGAAGCAAAAGGUUCUCACGACAAGCUGGCUCGAGAAGUUCAAGCGCAAGAACAACCUGACUGUUUCCAAGUCCCGAAAGGGCUCCGUCGACACCGUUGUCAGCGAUGAAGAGAUUAACGUAAAACCUCCCACUCAUCACUCGACCGGAGUUUCCCCUAUCUCCCCAGUUGCGCUGGCCCCGUCUCCUUUGUCACCCAUCCAGUCUCAAGAUAUAGUGAAAAAGGAGUCGAUCGAGGGAGCACCAGACCUGGUCAGAGAUUACAAACACAGUCACUCUCAGAGCACCACCUCUCUCGAUACUGCUCCCUCGCUAUCUGCCAGUGUGGCAAGCCCGACGUCGCCUCUGUUGUCCGAGAGCCCGUAUACUCCAUCGGCUCGCUCGCGCCUCCCGUCCAUUAGCUCUGCCACAAGUCGGCGCCGGAGCCAGACGUUCCCACUGGCGCUAGAUGCUGAUGCGCCUGGCGCCAACGGGACUUCUUCAGACCAGAUGCCGUCCAAGAAUGGCAUCCAUGCAUCGCAGUCAGUGGCAGUCUUUGACUCGCCUCUGGAAGAGGAUCCCCGGGAACGUUUCUCUUCCGCAGGAGACGACAACGUUGUGGUCAGACACAACAGGAGCACCCCUGAUAUCAAAACUACAAUGCAGCCCCCUCCGUUGCCCAAGUCCAGCACCGUCAGCCCCAUCAGCGGCCCCAGUUCUCCAACCCAGGACGAGGCCCGGCGGGCCCUGGAGCUGGUCAUGAACUUUAUUCAGAGCCAGCCGUCCGGUCUGGGUCUACAGGCCCAGGAUUACAUCACCAUGGGCAAGCUGAUGGAAAAGCUUGAGCUGGCGCAGAGCCAGGCAAGCUCUAUUUCGGGGCGACUUCAACGCAUCGAUGAACACGCCGACAGUCCUCGGGUGAGCAAGAAACGAAGCAUCCACUCUCUUACAUGA